AUUCAGUCUUUGUUACACCGAGGAAACCCCCUCCGUCCCGACUUGGGGGGGCUUGGGGGAGUAGGCCUCCUGCCUCCUCCUCACAGAAGGAUCGUGUCCCUCGGAAGAAGGGUCCGAACUCUUCCCUGAGCCUGGAAGAGAGGGGCUUCAAGGAGAACCGGGCUCCAGGUUCGGUCCGAAGCUGGCAGCGGGAGAUGAGGGAGACGUCGGGAUCUGAGAGCUCUGACGAAGAGAUUGCCAGCUUGGCCGUCCGUGUCAAGCAAGCGAUGGUCUUCUCUCCAAGGAAGAGUGCCUUGCGUCUCUCAAGCCCCUUUGAAGAGAGGGGCCCCAGGCCUUCCCCAAGAAGCCUCCUCCCAGCAGCAAAGAAGGAGCCCUCCCAGCCGCCUGGGCCUGAUCCGUCGACGUCUGCUCAGGCUCCCAAGAACAAAGCGCUUGCUGAUGUCACCCAGCUGCACCAGACACAGCCUCCUAGGGGAAGAAGCUCCUGCCAAAUCCCAGGCUGCUUCCUGGAGGAGCUGUCAGACCCAGAAUCCCAGCCAUCGAGGCUCUUCUGCAGUCAGAAAGAGAAGCUGGCACAGGACCUCUAUGCCUUCUAUAACACUUCCGUCUUCGAGGAAAAGUUGCCAGGGAGAAUGGAGAUCCUCUGGAACAAGAAGAUGCGGAAAACAGCCGGCUGCUGCGUCUCUGGGCAGCAGAAGGAGCCUGGAAGGCAGCGCUACGCCCGCAUCAUGCUCUCGGAGAAAGUCUGUGACUCUGCAGAUCGCCUACGGGACACUCUGAUCCAUGAACUCUGCCACGCAGCGACAUGGCUGAUCCAUGGGGUUCGGGAUGGGCACGGCCGCUUUUGGAACUUGUAUGCCAAGAAGGCUGCCAUGGUUCACCCGGAGCUCCCUGUGGUGUCACGGUGCCACAACUACGAGAUCAAGUACAAGUUUACCUAUGAGUGUAUUCGGUGCCGGAACACCUUGGCUGGAGGCUUGCAGACGGCCAAUGCUCCCACGGCCAUUUUUUUCUGUAGGUAUGCAUAAAUCAGAGUUAUCCAAAUAUGUCAGUUUUCAUAGAAUCGUAGAGUUGG